AUCUGUGUGCAAAAAGUAAUUAAAAAUACAUAAUGUUGAUUUUAAUAUGUGAAUCAGAAAGGCUCCAUGAAAAGAUGAUUACAUUAUUAUUAUAACCUUUAAGCAAUACAUUAUUAUUCUUGGUAAAAUUUUCAUAAUAGUUCAGAAUUCACAUCUAAUCUUGAUGAUUAUCAUUAUUAUCAUCAUUAUCAUAUCAUCUCCUAUUUAGACUUUUCAACAAUCAAUAAGAUUAUAAAAAAUAUAAAAAAGAAACAAAAUAGAUAAAUGAUAUAAAUACAGUUGAAAACAUUUGGGCUCAUUAUAAUCAUCACAUGACAACAUUGGAAAAUUGCCACAUGUUUUUUCAUGUACACCUUGUUUUGUGGUAAUGACAAUAAAUUUUAUCUAAUCUUAUCUUAAAAAUUGAACAUAUACAGUAAGUUCUUUAUUGACUGUACUAUAAUCAGUUUAUAAUUGUAUAGUCCUUCUCUGAUAUAUCAUAUAAGUAGAGUAUAACUUAUGGAACUUCAAUUUGUUUUUACAAAUUUUAUGAUCUUGUUUUCAUCUUUAUGUUUCAACUUUGCCCAUAUAACUUCAUGAAAAAAUGUUUGUUACAGAUUUUUCAUUUGUCAUACUUAGAUAAAGUUCAACAUUUUGUAUGUUACUGACUAAACAAAGUAAUGUUAAUGAUAAUCAUAAAGCAUACCACAUGACAAAUGUAACCAAUCAAAAUCAAUCUGAAUGACUUUUAAGCAAGAGUCACCAAGGAUCACAGUCUUUCUGCUGGUAAUUGGCACCGAGUCUUAUCAUAUCCAACCAGACAACAUUUCAACUUCAAAUUCAUUUGUGAAUCUCACAGCAGACUAUUUCAAGAUGACUACCAGUGAGCUGAAAGAGUUUCUGGAAAAUGUUGAUGAGAUGGUCCUAGAGUGCACCGUAUGCUUGAAGAGACUUAAGAAUCCUAAAUCCCUCAACUGCCUCCAUACAUUCUGUUUGGCAUGUCUGGAAGACUGGGUAAAGAAGGAGAAGGGUAAGCUGAUUUGCCCAACUUGUUCAAAAUCAUAUCCUAUUCCAGAGGGUGGGCUUCAGAAUCUUCCACCAAAUACCAUUUUAAAUAACUUAAUAGAAACUAUUGAACAAUUUUUGAAAACAGAGCAGAAGAAGUGUGUUUGUGGAAAAGGAGAGGCAAAAUACUACUGCCAGGAAUGCAGAAAUUACUUGUGCUCUACUUGUAGUGACCAUCACAAAAUAUUGCCAGUGUUGGCAAAUCACAAGCUACAUUCAGUGAAGGAAGUGCGAUCAAUGAGCCCUUUACAGAUUGCAGCAUUACGUCCUCCACUGUGUUCCCUUCACAGUGAGCCUUUAAAAUUUUUCUGUUGCAUAUGCAAUACUGCAAUAUGCACAGACUGCGCAAUUACUGACCACAGUGCAGGGGAAGGCAAUCACAAACCAAUCAGCAUUUCUAAAGAAUUUCAGACAUUUAAAGAAACUUCAGCAGCAUUGGAGAAGGCAGCAAAUGACUGCACAAACAAAUUACAAGAUGGCCUUAAAGUUGUUAUUCAGAAUGCUACAAAAUUAAAACAAAAUACAGAUACAAGUUUGAGAGAUAUUGACAACCAUGUGCAAGAAAUGUGCAUGAUAAUGAAGAAGAAAGGAGACCAAAUGAAAAAUGAAGUAAAGACAAUCUACGAAAAGAAAAACAAGGUGUUAGAUGUACAAAAGGAUGAACUAAAAACAACAAUAUCUGAUAUAAAUACAAAACUGUCUUUUCUUAAUCAGUUAAUGAAGAGUGAUGAAGCUACAGCAAUGCAAACAGGUAAAAAAGUAAUUAUAGCACUGAAGGACAGAAUUAAUGAAUUGCCAAAAACAGAGCCAAAUGAUAAUGGAUACAUUAAGUUCUUAAUAAAUAAACAACAACUUGCUGCAUUCCAACAAUUUGAUAUUGGAAAUGUUACACAAGUUAUGGCAGCAGAUUGUCUAGCACUAAAGGGAGAGGAAUCUGUGAUCCAAGGUCAGAAAAUUGUUGCCAAAAUAAUCAAAACAAAAGAAUAUGAAAUACAUGCAAACCAAAUGAAGGCAACAUGGACAGAGCCUACAGGAGAAACCAAUAUCACACAAGUUCAACAAGAUGACAAAAGAGAUUAUUUUGUGAAAGUCGAAUGCACAAGUCCAGGAGUAUGUAAACUAGAUGUGAGUGCUGAUGGCGAACCAAUCAAGCAGUCACCAUUGAUGAUCAAAGUAGAGAAGGAAGGAUUAGUAAAUACAAUUGAAAUACACAAAUAUGUUACAGAUGUAGUUAAGUGUGAAGAUGAUUGCUUAUUGGUUUCAUGCUGGACAAAUGAAAUACUUAAGUACAAGCACUCGGGAGAAUAUAUUGGUAAGGUUACACUACCAAAAGAGGUGCAAGUAAAAAGAAUGUUCAAAAUGAUGAAUGGCAACAUAGCAUUUAGUGAUUAUUCUAAAUGCAUCAAAAUAUGCAAUAUGAAUGGUCAGGUGAUCAAAUCAAUUGGUAAGAGAGUAUUGAAGGAUCCAGGUGGUAUCCAUGUGGAUGAGGCAACAAAUGUUGUAUAUGUAACAGAUUGGCAUAGCUGUUGCGUAUUUAUGUUUGACAUUGAUAGUGGCCGGAUGAUCAGGAAGAUAGGGUCACCAGGAAAACUAGAAGGUCAAAUAAGUGGAGCCAUUAAUGUUACCUUUACAAAUCAAGGAAACCUUCUUGUAUUAGAGAAUGGCAAAGAUAGACUACAAUUAUUUGAUAAAGCUGGAAAGUUCAUGAAAGUCCUUGUUGAAGCAGGUGAUGAGAAUGGUAAGUUGAAAGAACCACGUGGAGUAGUAGUUGAUGAGGAUGACAACAUCAUUAUAUCUAGCAAUCACAAUCUACAGCUUUUCAGGAGUGAUGGAAAUUUUAUUAAAAGAAUUGAUAAACCAGAAAUUGGAAUCAGUAAUCUACAUGGAUUAUCCUUCAUUUCAUAUCAUCCACGAAAAGUUGCAGUAGCAAAUAUGAGUGUAAAAACUAUAGAAAUAUUAAACUACUACUUGAAUCUUGUGUGCUCUCGUUAUGCAGAUUUGUGCAUUGCUCCAUACAUGUUUUAUAACAGAAUAUAUCACAUGACAUAUCUAACCAAUCAAAAUCACCCUGGAGCUUGCCCAUGGCUAGCAACAAUCACCCAGGAUCACAAUCUUUUUGUUGGCAAUCUCACCGAGUUGCAUCAUAUCCAACAAUUCAAAUUCAUAGUAAACCUUGCAGCAGAUUUCAUGAUGGCUAAGGUAAGUCAGUUUCUGGAAAAAAAAGAUCAGAUAUGCAUUUGUGCAAAUGGAGAGGUACAAUACUUCUGCCAGGAAUGCAGAGAGUACUUGUGUUCUACUUGCAGUGACCAUCACACAAGAUUGCCAGUGUUGGCAAAUCACAAGCUACAUUCAGUGGAGAAGCAACCUUUACAGAUUGCAUCACUUCCUGCAAAGUGUUCUGUUCACAAUGAGGCUCUAAAAUUUUUCUGCUGCACAUGCAAUAUUCCAAUAUGCACAGACUGCGCAAUAACUGACCACAGUGGAGGGGAAGGAAAUCACAAACCAAUCAGCAUUUCUAAAGCAUUCCAAGCAUUUGAAGAAACUUCAGCAGAAUUGGAGAAAGCUGCCAAUGACUACAAAAACAAACUACAUGAUGGCCUCAAAGCUGUAAAACAAAGUGCUUUAACAUUAGAUCACAGUCAAGAGACAACUUUGAGAGAUAUAGAUAAUCAUGUGCAAGAAAUGUUAAAGAUAAUUAAAGAGAAUGGAGACAAACUUAAAACUAAAGUAGACACAAUCUACAAAAAGAAAAAGAAGUUGUUAGAUGUACAAAUGGAUGAUUUGGAAGCAAAAAUAUCUGAUAUAAUUACAAAACUAAGUUAUCUUAAUCAAUUACUAAAGAGUGAUGAAGUUACAGCAAUGCAAUCAAGUGAUUCAGUAGUCACAGCACUGAAGGACGUCAGAAUCAAAGAUCUGCCAAAAAUAGAGCCAGAUGAUGACAGAUACAUUAAAUUCUUUAUCAAUGAGAAUCAAAUGUCUUUAUUGCAAAAAUAUGAUAUUGGGUAUGUAUCACACAUGAGGGCAGCAAACUGUCUAACAUUAAAGGGAGGGAAAUCUGUGACCCAAGGUCAGACAAUUGUUGUCAAUAUAAUCAAAACUGAUGAAUGUGAAAUAUAUACAAAUCAACUAAAUGCAAUAUGGACACAUCCUACAGGAGAAAUCUACAUCAAUCAAGUUCAGGUAGAUGACAAUGGAGAUUAUUUUGUGACAACAAAAUGUACAAGUCCAGGUGAUUGCACACUAGAUGUGAUUGCUGAUGAUGACGUAAUUAAGCAGUCACCAAUGCAUUAUUUCAAGAUGGGUGCCAGUAACAGUGAGCUGAAUUUUGUGGAAAAUGUUGAGGAGAAAGUCCUAGAGUGUACCAUAUGCUUCAAGAGACUUCAAAAUCCUAAAUCACUCAACUGCCUCCAUAGUUUCUGUUUGGCAUGCCUGGAAGAUUGGGUUAAGGAGAAGGGUAAGCUAACCUGCCCAACCUGCUCAAAACUGUAUCCCAUUCCAGAUGGCGGGCUUGAGAAGCUUCCACCAAAUACUUUUAUAAAUAACUUAUUAGAAAUUAUUGAACAAUUUUCAGAAAGUGAAAAGAUAAAAUGUGUUUGUAAAAAUGGACAAGCAAAACACUACUGCCAGAAUUGCAGACAGUACUUGUGCUGUGCUUGUAGAGGCCAUCACGAAAUAUUGCCAGUGUUGGCAAAUCACAAGCUGUGUUCAGUGGAAGAUAUGAGAUCAAUGACACCUUUACAGAUUGCAUCGUUACAUCCUCCGCUAUGUUCCCUUCACAAUGAUCCUCUAAAAUUUUUCUGCUGCAUAUGCAAUAUUCCAAUAUGCCUGCAUUGCACAAUUACUGACCACAAUGCUUGGGAAAAAACUCACAAACCGAUCAACAUUUCUAAAGCAUUUCAAACAUUUAAAGAAACUUCAGAAACCUUUGCAAAAGUAGCAACUGACUGCAAAAAAAAAUUACAAGAUGGUCUUACAGAAGUUACUCAGAAUGCUACAAAAUUAGAAGAAAAUAAAGAUACAACUUUAAGAGAUAUUGACAAUCAUGUGCAAAAAAUGCUAAAGAAAAUCAAAGAGAAUGGAGACAAAAUGAAAAAAGAAGUAGAAGCAAUCUUCAAAAAGAAAAAAAAUGUGUUAGAUGAACAAAUAGACAAAUUGAAAGCAGCAAUAUCUGAUAUAAACACAAAACUGAGUUUCCUUGAUCAGUUAAUUAAAAGUGAUGAAGCUACAGCAAUGCAGUCAAGUGAAAAAGUAAUUACACCACUGAAGGACAGAAUCAAUGAGUUGCCAAAAACAGAGCCAAAUGAUAAUGGAUACAAUAAAUUCUUUAUAACCAAACAACAACUUUUGCAACAAUGUGAUAUUGGGAAUGUUACACAAAUGAGGGAAGCUGACUGUCUAACAUUAAAUGGACAGACAUCUGUGACCCAAGGUCAAACAAUUGUUGUCAAGGUAAUGAAGACAUAUGAUUGUGAAAUACAUGCAAACCAACUGAAGGCAACAUGGAAACAUCCUACAGGAAGAACCAACAUCACCCAAGUUGAAGAAGAUGACAAUGGAGAUUAUUUUUUGACAGGAAAAUGCACAAGUCCAGGUGUAUGUGAACUAGGUGUGAGUGUUAAUGGUAAACAAAUCAAGCAGUCACCAAUUAUGAUCAAAGUAGAAAAGGAAGGUUUAGUAAAUACCAUUCAAAUAGACAAUGUAAAUGUUUAUGAUGUAGCUAAGGGUGAAGUUGAUCACUUGCUGGUUUCAUGCAGGACAAAUGAAAUACUAAAAUACAAGGAAUCAGGAGAAUAUAUUGGUAAGAUUAUACUACCACAAGGUGUGCAAGUUUACAGAAUGUACAAAAUGAAGAAUGGUAACAUAGUAUUUAGUGAAAUUUUAAAACACAUCACAAUAUGCAAUGAGAAUGGUCAAGUGAUCAAAUCAAUUGGUCUCACAGGACCAAUGCAUCCAUCUGGUAUCCAUGUGGAUGAAGUAUCAAAUGUUGUGUAUGUCGGGGAUUGGAAAACUUACUAUGCAUUCAUGUUUGAUAUUGAUAAUGACAAGAUGAUCAAGAAAAUAGGUUCACAAGGCAACCCAGCUGGUCAACUGAGUGCAGUUGCUGAUGUUACCCUUACAAAUCAAGGGCAUAUUAUUUUAUUGGAGAAUGAUAUCAGCAGAUUACAGCUUUUUGAUAAUGAGGGAAAAUUCAUGAAAAUCCUUGUUGAAGCAGGUGAUGAGGACGGUAAAGUGAGGAAUCCUUGUGCAGUAGUAGUUGAUGCGGAUGACAACAUCAUCAUAUCAAGUGACCACAAACUACAACUUUUCAGUAGUGAUGGAAAUUUUAUUAAAAGAAUUGAUAAUCAAGAGGAUGGAAUUAAAAAUCCAUGGGGAUUAUCCAUCAUUUCCUAUCAUCCAAGAUCAGUGGCAGUAGCAAAUUAUGGUGACAACACUAUCAAAAUAUUCAAUUAUUAGAGUAGUCUGCUGCCCUCACUUGUUUUGUUUUUGAUCAAAAUUGAAUAAAUGUAUUAAAACAGAUAAUAACAACAUCAUCAUCAAUAACAAUAAUCAUAAUAAUAACAUAAUAAUAAUAAUAAGUUACUAUUUGACUCCAUCAUGGUAUAAAGUAAUAGAAAAAAAAGGUUACCUUUCAUCAUUUAAGUAGCUUCCAGUACCUUCAUCAGCAGUCAAGUGAAAAUGCAGAAAAAGGGCUAAUUAUGCCCCUUUUUCCCCCAGUUUUGUAAAUAUUCAAAAAUCUGUAUCUCAGUAACCGUUUCCAAGUAGUUUUGUAAAAAAAUCUUUGUGUGUCUCAGGUCAGCAUUCUUGACAAAUAGCAUAAAUUGGGUUUAUUCUGUAAAGGGAAAUAAUCUAGUUCUAAUAAUAUACUACAAAAUUUUCUACAAAAUUUGUUUGUUUAUGAUGAAAUUACAUCAUUGUAACAGAUUAUGAUGUGCUGCGACAAUUAAAAUAUACUUCCUUACA